AAUUAUUUGAACAAGAAAUGAAAUUAGACCUUAAUUUUAGUUCGCUUUUUAUGAAGUAUUCGAGAUUGAUCCCAUACAUAAGCUUGAUCAAAUUGUCCAUCGAAUUCAUUAUUAAAAAUGGUACUCUCAAAUGACGAGACAUUUGAACUAACUUUUGUCGAUCCUUUUAGGUAAUGCAAAGGAAAACCUUUGGAAUACAAGCACAUCAUGACACCUGAAGGGAUCUGUGUCAUAGGUGAGGUGGAUCAACAUUUCAUACUCAACGUAGAGUGCAAGGACAAGGGAGUCUAUGGCAUCAGGGUAAUAGUGGAUGGCUUCACUCUCCCAGGGAAGAAGACUUUCAAGAGCAAGUGCAAAGUGCAAGGCUUCACCAAUUCCGAUGGCAAUAUUAACUGCUUCAAAUUCUAAAGGCCAAAAUCAGACCCAGAAUCAACCAAUGUGUUCAAGAGGAAUGUGUACAGACCACCUUGGGAUAUGAGUUAGAAUGACUAUCGUGACUAUCCUGGAGGUGCAGGUGAAAUAAUAGUCAAGAUCUACGAAACCAAACAGGAGGAGAACACACAAGGAGGUGGUGGUGGAGGAGGACCAAGAGGAGGAGGUGCAAAGAAGUCACAGGAUCCCAUGUUUGUUGAAGUGACUAAGAAUGAUAGCAAAUCAGCUGAGGAUCAAUGUUUAGGCAUUUCUUAAGGCAAUGUCAUUGAGUUGCCCCCUAGACAGGCAUUUGAUGAUUCCAGACCACCAAAACCAUUCAAAGAUGUCAUUGUCUAUGAGCACAUUGUUUAAUCCUUCAGAAUCAUUUAUUUUGAUGCUGCAAGUCUGGUUGAGAAGGGAUUUGUUAAAUUGAAUUGUCAUAAUCACAUUGCUUAUUUGACGGAGGAAUUCUUCCAAGGAAACGAGGCUGCUUUGAUCCAGGUCUUGCAGACUCUUAUUGAGAGUGGAUAGAAGGAUAAGGAAGAGUCGGAUAUUCAGCAGACGGCGAAUGUGUUGGUUGAAAGAUUGGAUUACUAUUUCUCUGGAGAACUAUUGAAUAUAUUUUUGAAUAAGGAGAAUCAAGAGUAAUUGCAAUUGGAUCCUGGUUCAAGGGCCUAGUAUUUGGAAAGUGAACUCAUCAAAUUAAUGGAGUCUUGGCCUGAUUUCUUUUUGAAUUUGGGAAUGGGAGCCUUUGGAAUAAAAAACAAAUAUGAUUAGAAACUAUACAUUGAGAAGAUUCAAGAGAAAGGGUUUGGGUUUGGGUUUGGGGUUUGGGUUUGGGGUUGGGGUUGGGUAAUGAUAUAGGUUUGGGAUUACGAAUCUAAUAACAUCCUCUAUCUACGCAUUAGAUUUCAUACAAUUAUCUACUAUUCAAUGUUCAUAUUCAAUUGCAAAAUAGCACCCUACACAUUAUCCUCAUAGAAAAUCAAUCUUGAUAAAGCUUCUCUAAAAAAUAAGACUGCACUAUCAUUGGCAGUCCCAAAAUUUAAGUGUUCAGCAUUAUUUUGUACCGACAUCAAGACCCAAGAACUUUGUGAUAACACAGGCGAAUGUGUCUGGAAUAAUAAUGGCGCAUGUGAACUAUUUUCUGGAUGUGGAUCCUAUUAAGUUGAUAAAAAAGAAGAUUGCUUGUUAAAGAGCACAUAAACUAAGUUCUGCACAUACGAUGAGGAAUAGCAGAGUAAUGGGAAAUACAAUUGCAUCAAUGAUCUAUCAAAAUCAGGGGGUAGUUUUAUGACUUGCUUCACAUUAAAUGAUGAGAGUCUGUGCAAUCAAUACGAAUAUGCUGUAUGCACUUGGAGAUCUUUUUAGCAAUGCUAGGAUGAAUCUGAUGAAGUUAAUUUGUGUUAGUAAUAUCAAUAUUGUAUUGGAGAGGAGAGUAAGGAUUGUGCAGAUCUCUCAGGAUUUGAAGAUAAGUGUGAUAAAAGAGCAAAUUAUUGCAAAUGGGUUAAGGAUAAUAGUACGUGCAUGGAGAAGGAAUGUUCUGAUUAUACAUCAGAAGCUGAUUGCAAGAGUAUUUUAACAGAUGAUUUAAAACGGGCAAAGCCUUGUACAUGGGAAACAGAAUAGUGUAUAUAGGGGUUCAAUUUAACUAAAUUAAAUAAGUACAAUUGUCUGAUUGAUUCCUUGAAUACUUCGAUGUGGAAUGAGGUUGAAUAGAGAUGCCAGAGUUGUAAAUUUGAAAAACUAUUGAAUUUUAUUAUUUUUGUAAUGUUAUUAUUAUAAUGA